CGCCCUUCACAAUAAACUUUUCCGGCAGGGCUGGAUCCGCCGUGCAUGGGCGAACUGGACCGCUGUAAUUCCCCAUCCAUACGCCGCUAAACUACACACUUUUCGGGGGAAUUUCGGGAAGGUAACGACGACGUUAAGGGGGCAGCUGAAGGUUUGGCAAAAACCAGCGUUUUUCUCGGCACAACCCUUUUGUCGUUUGUCUUUUCCUGGGACCAUACGCUGCAUGUAAAUUGGUUCCAUAUGACGAUAUAGAGUCUCGACAUCGGCCCUAGAACGCUGUGCAGUGCUGGAAGCAUGGGGGCCAACAUCGUGGGCAAAUCUGGGUCUUGCCGACCUAGCCCAUGGAAUAUGAGGUUAUGGAUGGCCACAGGGUUUCUUCUAUUGGCCCUUCUGGACGUGGCGUUAGCGGGUACACAAUGUUUGGGAUGCAGUGGCCGAAGUUCUUGUUCUGGCUGUGUAGGAUCAAAAGGCAAUAGGGGGGCACCAGGACCAAUAGGACCUCAAGGAUUACAGGGCAACCAGGGCUUCCCUGGACCAGAAGGACCAUAUGGGGAGAAGGGGAAUAAAGGAACACCCGGCGACCCUGGACCAAGGGGGCAAAAGGGAGACAGGGGAAAAAUGGGUGUUCCAGGCUUUCCAGGAUUAAAUGGCAUCCCUGGCCUACAAGGGUUGCCUGGUGCUAUGGGCAUGCCUGGUUUAGAUGGCUGCAAUGGAACCCAGGGAGACCCAGGUGGCCCUGGCUUACCUGGAGUGGACGGUUCUCGGGGACCACCGGGUAAAACAGGCAAGAAAGGAGUCAAAGGUGAACCUGGCUUGGCACUUGGUGGAACAAAAGGACAGAAGGGAGAUGCUGGCAGACCGGGCCUUGACGGUUUACCGGGUCCUCCUGGUCUAGAUGGACUGUCUGGAAGUAAUGGAGCUCCUGGAGAACCUGGACUACAGGGUGACAGAGGCGAAAAGGGAGACAAAGGCUUGAAAGGAUCUAUGGGCCUUGGCUUUGCAGGACCAAAAGGAGAGCCUGGUGAGCCAGGUAAACCCGGCCCUCCUGGACCCCCAGGCGGUGGAACUGGAGAACAGAGACAGCCGCCAGGGGGCGCUAUUGGAGAGAAGGGACAGAAGGGAGAGUUCGGAAUCAGGGGUCCCACUGGUCCUAAGGGUCUGCCUGGUAACCCUGGUCCCCCUGGACCACCAGGACAGGUGAUUGGUGGAGGUGGAGGAACAGUUGGGUUACUUGGUCCCAAGGGACAGCCAGGAGACCCAGGAUUGGCCGGACCACGGGGUCCACCUGGAGCAGCUGGUCCUCCUGGCUUCCCAGGCAGCAAGGGAUAUCCUGGUGACCCUGGACGUGGUGGAUCUCCUGGUGUUCCCGGACCCAAGGGUAAUCCUGGUGAAGCUGGUUUCCCCGGAGCCCCUGGACCACCCGGCAACCCUGCACCUGGGUUUACUGGAGCAGCUGGCCCACCCGGCCCCCCUGGCCCAGCAGGGUUACCUGGCGCUGUAGGACCCAAGGGCCAACCUGGAAAUAAUGGAGGGAGUGGCCCCAGGGGACCUCAAGGAGACCCUGGCGGCCCUGGUCUGCCUGGCCCACCUGGAUCGUCCUUUGGUAGCACUGUGGGCAGAAAGGGAGAACCAGGCAUUCCAGGUGUACCAGGCAUGAUUGGUCCUCAGGGUCCCCCAGGAUUCCCUGGUCGCAAGGGAGAAGCUGGUGUUCCUGGUCGCCCUGGUGUUGGCGUGGGUGCGCUCCCAGGCAGAGACGGCCCUCCUGGAACCCCUGGUGGACCUGGACCCAAGGGUGAUCCUGGUUUCCCUGGAGCACCAGGCCAACCUGGCAGAGUAACUGGAACUGGUCCCAUCCCUGGUCCACAGGGUCCCCCAGGACCUCCUGGAAUUCCCGGAGGAAAUGGAGAGCCUGGCUUGCCUGGGUCCCCUGGCUUCCCUGGUGCUAAAGGUGAGCGUGGCGGAGACUGUUUUGCGUGUCCGGGUGGGCAGAAGGGAGAGCGUGGUGACUCUGGCGCACCUGGAGCACCUGGCGGGGUCACACAACCCGGACGUCCUGGCACACCUGGGCUGAAGGGAGAGCCUGGAACACCUGGUCUACCUGGAACUCCUGGAACACAAGGACCUGAGGGACCCGCUGGCCCACGUGGGCCUCCUGGCCCAGCCGGAAUGCCGGGAGAUACAUUCGGAGGUGGCGCCAUUCCUGGAGCUCCAGGUGCCAAGGGAGAGCGUGGUGACCCCGGCUUGCCUGGUGCCCCUGGGAGACCUGGAUUCGGAGCUGGAGGAAGUGGCCCUCCUGGACCACCUGGUAUUCCUGGUGGACCUGGUCCAAAGGGUGAGCCUGGCAUUCCUGGUCGACCUGGGGGCCCAGGUCGGGAUGGUGGUCCUGGUCUCCAAGGUCCACCUGGUCCAUCAUUUGGUGGCGGUCCUGGCCUUCCUGGAAUGAAGGGGUUGCGAGGUGACCCUGGCCUUUCCGGACCCCCUGGUGCCCCUGGGCCUAAGGGUGAACCUGGUGAUUCAUUUGCUACACAAACCCGUCCUGGUGAGCCUGGCCCACCUGGUCCUGUGGGUCUCCCAGGACAGCCUGGUUUCCAGGGAGAGCCCGGCGGCCCAGGGAACCCUGGACCACCUGGAGGACCUGGACGCCCUGGAGUUAAGGGAGAGGCUGGUAUUCCUGGACUGCCUGGGAGCUCCUUCCCUGGUCCAGUUGGUCUGACCGGACCCAGGGGUGACCCUGGCCUGCCAGGAUUGCCCGGACCAAGGGGAGACCCCGGUCUGCCUGGCCGCCCUGGAGGAGGAGGAUUCCCUGGACCAAAGGGAGAGCCUGGAAACCCAGCUAUUGGCGGUGGUGUUGGCCCUGUGGGUCUCCCUGGCCCACCUGGCCUGAACGGAGGGCCAGGACCUCGUGGAGAUGACGGCAUCCCAGGCGGCCCUGGUCUUCCUGGUCCCCCUGGAAACAUCGGCUUCCCCGGCCUGAAGGGAGAGCCCGGACGUCCUGGUCAGCCCGGACGUCCCGGUGAGCCUGGUGACUCCGGCGCCGGCGGAUCUGUGGGGCCAAUGGGACCACCCGGUCCUGUGGGCGGACCUGGCUUACCAGGUGGACCUGGCCGGAAGGGAGAGAUGGGUGCCCCUGGUGGUCCUGGCUUUGGAGGUCGCCCGGGUCCUCCCGGUGAAAAUGGCCUGCCUGGCCCGCGUGGUUUUGAUGGCCCACCUGGUCGACCUGGCCCUGGUGGUGGUGACGGCAUCCCUGGUCAGCCUGGAGGUCCAGGUCCAAAGGGAGACAUGGGUAUGCCUGGAUUGUCCGGUCCUGCUGGUCCACCUGGCCCACCCUCCGGCCUCUCUCGCCCCGGACCACCUGGAGACCGUGGAUUUGACGGCAGACCUGGCGGCCCCGGCACACCUGGAGCUAAGGGUGAGCCCGGUGCGCCUGGACUUCCAGGCCCCACGGGACCCCCCGGGCGACCUUUCCAGGGGCCACAGUAUGCUCCACCAGGAGAAAGGGGAGAUCCUGGGAGGCCCGGUUCACCCGGCCUCCCGGGAAAUCCUGGUCCUCCCGGUGGUUUGGGACCUCCCGGUGACAUGGGCCGCCCUGGCGCCCCUGGUCUUCCCGGACCUCCUGGCCUGCCUGGUGAUGGAGUUGGACUUCCUGGCCCACCAGGACGACCAGGCGGCCCUGGCCCACGUGGUGACGACGGCUUCCCCGGUGGCCCUGGUACUAAGGGAGAACGGGGUGAUAAUGGAAGGGCUGGUACCCCUGGUCCUCCUGGGUCUCCUGGGUUCCCUGGAGCUAAAGGUGAAGGUGGAGCAUCAGUAGGACUACCAGGACCCUCUGGUCUUGAUGGCCCCCCUGGAGAAAACGGCCUGCCAGGCUUCCCAGGUGCUAAGGGUGAACCAGGUAACCCUGGUAUACCCGGCCCACCUGGUACACCCGGUCGGGACAGUGGCGGUGGUAUCCCUGGCCCCCCUGGCCCAAGAGGGUUUGAUGGAGCUCCUGGACCGAAGGGUGACCCAGGUUUCGGAGGCGGCCCUGGUCUGCCCGGUCCGGCUGGUCCCCCUGGUGGGUCCGGCGGCCCUGGUCCCAAGGGUGACCCUGGAUUCUCUGGAAGACCUGGACAACCCGGUAACCCCGGACCUCCCGGUCCCAGUGGACCUCCAGGUGAGGGUGCAGGCGGUCGGGUUGGCCCACCAGGUGCUCCUGGUUUCCCAGGAGAAAGAGGACAGAAUGGCGCACCUGGUACUGACGGACUUCCUGGGGGCCCUGGUCCCAAAGGUGACCCAGGUUUCUCAGGCGGUGCUGGCCCCCCAGGUCCACCUGGUCCCCCUGGCCGUGUGGUUGGUGGAGUGCCCGGACAGAAGGGAGAUCCUGGCUUCCCUGGGAGAAACGGUCUGCCUGGUCCCCAGGGUCCCCCUGGCACACCAGGCGGAAACGGCUUCCCAGGACAGAAGGGAGCGAGAGGUGACUCCGGUCCCGCUGGACCUGCAGGUGGGGUUUCCCUACCCGGCCCUCCAGGACUUCAAGGCCCCCCUGGUCCCAAUGGUCGCCCUGGCGGCCCCGGACCUAAGGGAGACCAAGGUCCACCUUCUUUGAGUGGUGGCCCUGGACCCAGAGGUGAUCCUGGCCCACCUGGUUUAUCUGGCCGUCCAGGUUCUCCAGGAAACCCCGGUGUGAAUGGUCUGAAGGGAGAGCGUGGUGAACCUGGCCGCUCCUUUGGUGGCGGUGUUGGACCCAGGGGAGACCCUGGUACACCCGGCCAGCCCGGAAACAGGGGUCUGCCAGGGUUACCUGGGGCUUCUGGUCCCCCAGGUGGCCCUGGCGGCCCUGGUCCCCAGGGUGAUGAUGGACAGCCAGGCUUCCCUGGUGGUGCCGGCCCCCCUGGAGACCCUGGACUGCGCGGCCUUGGUGGUGCUCCUGGUCUUGCAGGUCCCCGUGGUCCGGAUGGUCCACCUGGCCCACCAGGCCGAUCGGCCGGAGCAGUGCCGACUGGUCACCUCCUGACCAGACACAGCCAGACCACCCAGAUACCCCAGUGUCCAGAGGGCAUGCCAAAACUGUGGGACGGCUACAGCUUGCUGUAUUUGGAAGGCAAUGAAAGGUCACAUGGCCAAGAUCUAGGUCUGCCUGGUUCCUGUCUGCCCAGAUUUAGCACGAUGCCCUUCAUCUUCUGUAACAUCAACAACGUCUGCAACUUUGCUGGCAGAAACGACAAGAGCUACUGGCUGUCUACUUCAGCACCCAUCCCCAUGAUGCCUGUCAGAGAUGAUGCCAUCAGACCCUACAUCAGUAGGUGUGCCGUGUGCGAGGCCCAGUCCUCUGCCAUGGCUGUGCACAGUCAGGAGCUGGUCAUCCCAGAGUGUCCGCGAGGCUGGAGAGGCCUGUGGAUCGGCUACUCUUUCCUGAUGCACACCGCGGCAGGAGCGGAAGGCGGCGGCCAGUCCCUCUCGUCUCCCGGCAGCUGUCUCGAGGACUUCCGCGCCACUCCCUUCAUCGAGUGCAACGGUGCCCGCGGAACGUGCCACUACUUCGCCAACAAAUUUAGCUUCUGGUUGUCCACUAUAUCACAAAACGAACAAUUCGCCGACCCAGUACCAGAGACACUGAAAGCAGGACAGUUACGAACCAGAGUUAGCAGAUGCCAGGUGUGCAUCAAGAACGUGUAACUGUGGGAGUAGCUGUGUAUUGGAACUUUAUUUUUAACAAGUGUCGACAGGAUUUCAAAUGGUGCUUUUGUACAGAGGGUAAGCUCAUACCAAUGAUUUUAACUAAUGCAUCCCAAAGUUGCCUCAAGGUUAUUUUAUAAGAGUCAAGAUAGAUUUUAAAAAAACAAGUAGAACAAUGUAGAAGAGAAGAUGAUGUAACAUUAAUUUUAGUGGAGCAUUUUAGUUAGGGUAGUUAUUUUUUCCAGAAAUUGGCAAGCUGAGGAUAUAUGUAAGCUCAGUUAUACGUAAGCUCAGUUCACUUUUAUGUCUAUAACGAAAUAUGCAUGGUGCAAAGCAACUGGGCAUCGGAAAAGAAACGGUUGCUUCGAUAUGCGUCUUUGCUUUUUGGCAGUAUUUUUAGCACCCGCUUGUCUAGGGAAUGUAAAUGGUUUUACUUUUAGUAAAAAAAAGGCAGUUGUGCCAUCGAAAAUGCGUACGAUUAUACCUACUUAAACGGGGAAGCAGUUAUGAUUAUGAUUAACUUUCCUUAUGUAUGGUGCUUACUAAUUCUGUAUAAAAAUUGCCCUAAAGCAAAAGAUAUUGUACAAGCUGACGUUAUGUAUAAUGUGUGCAGAACUGUGGCAGUCUACCAUGUCCUAUGGUGCUAUACAAAUAUGUCCAGCCAACUUUCUCAGGAUCAGUAUAUCUAGACACAUCUUUUAGACUUCUUUCUUCGUAGUCUCCUGCUAAAAAAAAGAUAUGAAAAAAAAGGUGCCAAAGUUUUCAAUGAAAUAUUCACAGAUAUAGCCAGUUCUUAAAUGUUUCAUUUGUUUGUAUUUUUAUACAACAGUCAUCUAUAUUUAUAUUCUAGCAUUAAGAGAUAACGUUCCAUCUUUGUAACCAGUGAGGUAAGCACAUUAUAAGGCUGAUGUGUAUAAUUUACACAAUGCGUAUCCAGGCCUUCUGUGCCUGUUCCAUAAGGCUAGGUGCAUGCUGAAAAUUUGUGUAGUAUUUCUACGUUUGUCAAUGUCAUUUUACAAGCAGUAAUCAUGCACCAAAACAAUCAAGUUAGACUAGGACAAACUGUAGGAUAGACUGUUUUCUCCCACUAAUGGUAUCCUUUGAUAGACUUUCCCGUACUUAAACCCUACCGACCUUGACUGAAGGUCACCUGCAAGUCUGGCCCGUCCCGAGGGUGUAGUGGGCCGCUCCAUAGUCAUUCCAUACGUUUGGCCCACCACAGCCCGGGAACUGUAGAUGGCCUGGAGUCAACGUCAUGGGAGGGUGUCUGUAGCUUCUCCCCUCCAACAUGUUACACUGUGGAACAUUGUUGAUGACCAGAGUUUAUUGUGUCAGCCCUGUUGUAAUAAUUUGAUUGCAUUAUCAAUAAAUCACAAUCUUUGUGUA